CUCCAGUAUGUUCAACCGUCAGCUGGAGAACAACCCGGAGCAACAUGCUGCCGUCCAGCGCAUCGUGGCCGGGUCGUCAAAGCCCGCCCCUCAUCUUGUGUUUGGGCCCCCUGGAACUGGAAAGACAAUCACUCUGGUUGAAGCUAUGCAUCAGGUCAGCAAGGCAGACCCAUUAUCCAGAAUCCUGGCCUGUGCCCCUUCAAACAGCGCAGGGGACCUCCUCUGUGAGAGACUGAUGGUCCACAUGGACCCUCAUCGCAUCUACCGCAUGUACGCCAGCAGCCGAAACCCCAGAACUGUCCCUGCCGACCUGCUGAAAUAUUGUAACUGGGACAAGAGAGAAGAUAAGUUUGUGUUUCCAGAGAAAAAAACUCUGAUGAAAUACACGAUCAUUGUUACGACUCUGGUCACAGCUGGCAGACUGGUGUCUGGGGAAUUACCUGUGGACCAUUUUACCCACAUCUUUCUGGAUGAAGGAGGCCAGGCAGUGGAGCCGGAGUGCGUCGUUGCCAUCGCAGGUCUGCUCGAUCCAGAGAAGGGUCAGCUGGUGCUGGCCGGAGAUCCAAAGCAGCUGGGACCAAUCCUCCGAUCUAAAAUGGCAGUGCAGCAUGGACUCGGGCUUUCUCUGCUGGAGAGACUGAUGAGACACAACACUUUGUAUCAGAAGAGUACAGACUCUGGGCACUUUGACACCCGCUUUGUGACCAAACUGCUGCGAAACUACCGGUCGCAUGCUGCCAUUCUGAAAGUCCCCAAUGAGCUCUUCUAUGAGAAUGAACUGCAGGUGUUCGCUGACCAGUGGGAGCGCGACAUCUACUGCAAAUGGGAGCACCUUCCCAAAACGGGUUUCCCGGUGAUCUUCCAUGGAGUGAUUGGGAAAGACGAGAGAGAGGCCAACAGUCCUUCUUUCUUCAACGUGACUGAGAUUGAGGUUCUGAUGGACUACCUCACCAAGCUGAUAGAAACUCAAGGGAAGAAGGGUCUCCCCAAACUCUCUACCAAAGACAUUGGCAUAAUCGCCCCCUACAGGAAACAGGUUGAGAAAAUCCAAAAGGCUGUGAAGUCGGUUUCGGCUCUGAAGCGAUUGGGUGAUCUCAAAGAGCUCAAGGUGGGGUCUGUGGAGGAGUUUCAGGGCCAGGAGAGGAAGAUCAUCAUGGUGUCGACAGUCCGCAGCAGCAUCAACUAUCUCAAGAUGGACAAAGACUUCAACAUUGGAUUCCUGGCAAAUGAAAAGAGAUUCAACGUGGCACUGACCAGAGCCAGGUCCCUGCUGAUAGUCGUGGGAAACCCUGUGAUCCUCAACAAGGACCCCACAUGGGAGAAGUUUAUCAGCUACUGUGUGAAGGAGAAGGGAUACACUGGAUAUCCCUUUGAAGACGCAGAAGGGGAGGAUGACAUUGUGUCCAGACUGGCAUCCCUGAAAAUCGAUGUGGAUUCUGACAAUCCUGAAGAAGAGCUGAGCGCCCUCCAGCAGCAUAUGGACCCCGAGUGGAAACAUGAGCAUUGAAUUAACAAGGAAAAAAUAACAAUUUGCGGUGCAAUCUAAUUGCAUACAAAUGAAUUGCAAUUAUCAGUAUUUCCUUUUUCCUUUCGAUGAGCUUUAAUCAUAACAUUGACAUGUAUUUAGAAUAUAUUCUGCUUAUGUACUUUUCUAAGAGCAGUUUGCAUAUUUUGGUGCAUAGAAGCAAUGCUGUUUUUUGAUGAUAAUUCCACAGUAAAACCUUUUCAGUGGCUUGAAUAAAGCUGCCAUUUAACACAGUGUGCUUAGUGGGACCAUGGCCGCACAAAAGUAAUUCAUUUUCUGACAAAAAAAAAAAGAGCACACGGAAAUAUGUCUCAGGAAUUCGUCACUGUAUGUCUUACCGCUGUUUUACACUUAACAUGUUAGUGUCCUUUCAUUUAAUCUGUUUCUUUCUGAUCAUAGUUAUACCCUGAAUAAAUAAACUGUCAUUUCUGAAUGA